CGUCCUGGCCCCGCCCCGCGGCGGCGCGCAGGCCAGACCGGGGGCGCGCAGGCAGCCGCGGCCGCCGCCAUGGGCUGCACCGUGAGCGCCGAGGACAAGGCGGCCGCCGAGCGAUCCCGCAUGAUCGACAAGAACCUGCGGGAGGACGGCGAGAAGGCGGCGCGGGAGGUGAAGCUGCUGCUGCUGGGUGCUGGCGAGUCUGGGAAGAGCACCAUCGUCAAACAGAUGAAAAUCAUCCAUGAGGAUGGCUACUCUGAGGAGGAGUGCCGGCAGUACAAAGCUGUGGUCUACAGCAACACCAUCCAGUCCAUCAUGGCUAUCAUCAAGGCGAUGGGGAACCUGCAGAUUGACUUUGGAGACUCCUCCAGAGCGGAUGAUGCUCGGCAGCUGUUUGCACUCUCCUGCACCGCUGAGGAGCAGGGCAUCAUGCCAGAAGACCUGGCCAGUGUGAUCCGGAGGCUGUGGGCUGACAACGGAGUCCAGGCUUGUUUUAACCGCUCCCGAGAGUACCAGCUGAAUGACUCUGCUGCCUACUACCUGAAUGACCUGGAGCGGAUAGCCCGUGUUGACUACAUCCCCACCCAGCAGGAUGUGCUGCGCACCAGGGUGAAGACCACCGGCAUCGUGGAGACCCACUUCACCUUCAAGGAUCUGCACUUCAAGAUGUUCGAUGUGGGGGGCCAGCGCUCGGAACGGAAGAAGUGGAUCCACUGCUUUGAGGGGGUGACAGCCAUCAUUUUCUGCGUGGCCCUGAGUGCCUAUGACCUGGUGCUGGCUGAAGACGAGGAGAUGAACCGGAUGCACGAGAGCAUGAAGCUGUUUGACAGCAUCUGCAACAAUAAGUGGUUCACGGACACAUCCAUCAUCCUCUUCCUCAACAAGAAAGACCUCUUUGAGGAGAAGAUCAUGCACAGCCCCCUCACCAUCUGCUUCCCUGAGUACACAGGGGCCAACAAGUACGACGAGGCGGCCAGCUACAUCCAGAGCAAGUUUGAGGACCUGAACAAGCGGAAGGACACCAAGGAGAUCUACACCCACUUCACUUGUGCCACCGACACCAAGAACGUGCAGUUUGUCUUUGAUGCCGUCACUGACGUCAUCAUCAAAAACAACCUGAAGGACUGCGGGCUCUUCUGAGCGCCGGUGCUGCCUAGGACCCCUGGGCCCGCCGCUGAAGGAAGGACCAUGCCGCCCCCCACUCCUGCUUCUCUUCGGAUUCAUCCCUCUGCCCCCACCCCACAAAGAGACUUUUGGGUGCCAGCGCAGUGGCAGGGCCUGUGUCCCCCCUGCUGCCUGUGUUUGUCCCCCACCACCUUCCUCCUCCUUGCCGGCAUCACCCUUCCCGGGGUAAACGAGGUUUUAAUCUUGGUUUUUAAGCCCUGAACCCUCCCACCCCUCUGUCCAUGCCCUCCGUGCCCCCUGUUGAUGUGUUCCGAGCCCUGGCGCUCUCUCUGUUUACAUUGCAAGUGUUGCUGGCAUGGGGAGGGGACACGGGGGUCACCUCACGGAUGCCCACCCGGCCAAAAACACGAUGAUGACAUUCCUUUGGGUAGACCAGAAAAGAAAGGCA